GACCUACACACAUUCCCCCUCGGAAGAAAAGCAGCACACACAGCAGCCGCCGCCGCCGCCGCCCAGAGAAUGGCCUUGCCGGCGAUCCCCGACGAGCUCCUGGUGGAAAUCCUCCUCCGCCUCCCCACCGCAGCCGACCUCAUCCGCGCCUCGGCCGCCUGCGUCUCCUUCCGCCGCCUAAUCGCCGACCGCUCCUUCACCCGUCGCUUCCGCAAGCUCCACCCGCCGCCCCUUCUCGGCUUCCUCGACACAGGGCGGCUUCGCUUCCACCCCGCCGUCCCGCCUCACCCCUCCGCGCCCGCGGCCAGGGCCGUCGCCAGCGCCGCCGACUUCUCCUUCGACUUCCUCCCCUCCCCUUGCUCCUCUCGGCCCUGGUCCGUGCAGGAUGUGCUUGACGGCCGCGUACUCCUCGAAAGGCCCCGCCCCCGCCGUCGCGAAUCUCCCUCCAAUGAGAUGGUCGUGUGCGACCCCUUGCACCGGCACUAUCUCUUGCUUCCCCGGAUCCCCGAUGACCUAGCCGCUUCGGUUGUCCACGCACAAGGGUUCUGCUACGAAGACUCCUGCCUCGUCCCUUCCGGCGACCACGAGGAGGCAGCUGCGACGGACGAGGCUUCAUUCAGGGUGAUCUGGAUGAUGCUGCUCCCAACUAAGCCGGUGAUCUUUGUCUUCUGCUCGGGCACAGGGCAAUGGCGAACAGUUCCAUCACUGACUUGGAGCGAGAUGUCGCCUGGCUUUGUGUUAUCGACACAUGUGUUUUCUUUCCUGAGGCGCCAUUACGCCCAUGGCUGUUUCUACUGGACUUCAUGCUCCACCGAGAAAUUCCUCGCGCUCGACAUCAGGAGGAUGGAGUUCUCCGUGGCUGUCCACCCACCCUGUGAAAGAAAACCGGGUGAGAAUGUGGUGAUCGCGGAGGCAGACCAAGGCAUGAUUCUCAUGUUUGUGCCUAAGCCUAACACGUCUCCCGUUAUUUAUACUGUUUGGCGAAACAAUGGUGGGAGGUUCACCCAGUGGCAGAUGGAGAAGCCAAUCACGCUGGAUUCUGGGUCCGGCCUCAUGGGUGCAGCGGGGAGGCAUUUGCUCCUAUAUUAUUGCGGAACCUCGUCGGUCGGCCGAAGUUGUUUCACGCGGGACGUUAACACAUUCCAGCUCGAGAGGGUGUGUUCUGCAUAUCCCAAACAGACACACGCAUAUUGCAACUUCCCACCGUCGCUAUUAUCGUCACCGACAGUGUCAAUUGGCACACACCAUGCUGACAUCCAGGGAGCGGGGGAUGAUGUGCCAGUGCCUCAACUACGAGAAUCUGACCCUGGAGGCGUGCAACGACUUGUUGCUCCGGCGGCCACCCGAGCUCCGAACCCCUGUUUCGCCACCGAAGGCACACACCAUGCUGACAUCCAGGGGGCGGGGGAUGAUGUGCCAGUGCCUCAAGUACGAGGAUCUGACUGUGGAGGCGUGGAAGGACCUGUUUUUCCGGCGGCCGCCCGAGCUUCAAACCCCUUGUUCGUCGUCGAAGCCGCACCCCAUGCUGAUGUCCGGCGGCAAGCAGGGGACGAUGUGCGAGUGCCUGAACUACGAGAAGCUGGCCCUGAAGACGUGACCUUGUGCAAUGCAGGCACACGCCACGUCUGCGCUGAUGCCCAGGGAGCAGGGGAUGAUGUGCUGGUGCCUAAACUACAAGAAGCUGACCCUGGAGGUGUGCAAGGACCUGUUGUUGCAGCGGCUGCCCAAGCUCCGACCCCCUCUUUCGUCGUCGAAGCCACACCCCAUGCUGAUGUCCGGGAAGUGGGGGGCGCUGUGCAGAUGCCUGAACUACGAGAAGCUGUCCCUGGAGGCGUGACCUUGUGCAAUGCAGGCACACGCCACGUCUGCGCUGAUGCCCAGGGAGCAGGGGAUGAUGUGCUGGUGCCUAAACUACAAGAAGCUGACCCUGGAGGUGUGCAAGGACCUGUUGUUGCAGCGGCUGCCCAAGCUCCGACCCCCUCUUUCGUCGUCGAAGGCACACCCCAUGCUGACAUCUGGGAAGUGGAGGACGUUGUGCCGGUGCCUGAAGCACGAGAAGCUGGCCCUGGAGGCGUGCAAGGACCCGUCCUCGCAUCCGCCGCCCAAGCCCCAAAACCCUCGUUCGACAACAAUGGUGCGGAGGCGGGUCGUGGUGGGGCGAGAAGAUGGCGCUGGGGCUGGGGCUGGACCUGCGGAGUCUGUAGGGGGCAGGUAGCCGAGGUGCGAGGAGACGAAGGACCGGAGUAGUAGUGCCAAGGCGUCCAGAAUGUGGUAGGCUGCUAGCUAGAUGGAGACAUGGAGUGGCCUGAUGAUCCUUUUUGUAAAGCUUAUUUGCUUGAUUUGUGUGGUGAUGGCCGUUGGGUACGAGCGAGGCACACGAGCAAGAGUGGCAGCUGUUCUGCUGGGAUUGCAAAGCUUUCGCCGUUGCGGCGUUGCGGGAUAUGACUGAUCGACGGUGCAGUUCAUCUUC